UUCAUCCGAGGAAAAUAAAAUAAAAAGGUUGUUUUUGUCCCUGAUGAUAAGCGGUGAUAAGCAGUUAUUCGUAUCUCUUCGCUUCCUUUCAGCAGUCUGGAUGCAGUCACUUGUUUUCCGGUGCGGAACCCUAUUCGGUAAAAAUCGGUUAGUGAUAAGGUCGUUCCCAACUUGUACGAUGACAACGAAAUCGGCUUCCCGGAUAGCCGUGGUCCAAAUGCGAUCUACCAACGAUAAGGCUCACAAUUUGGACCAGGUCAGGACGAUCGUCGAGAAGGCUAAAAGCCAGCAUGCCUCGUUCGUAUUCUUUCCGGAAUGUUGCGACUACGUGGGCACCCACCGGGAGGAAACCCUAAAACUUUCGGAAACGCUGGAGGGACCCACGGUGGCGGAAUAUCGUCGGUUAGCGCGCGAAAACAAGCUGUGGCUUUCGAUGGGUGGAGUUCAUGAGUCCAUUCCGGAAUCGAACUGCGAAAUAAAGAACAUUUACAACACCCACGUGUUGAUUGAUGACCAGGGUGAGUUGGUGGCCAAAUACCGGAAGUUGCACAUGUUCAAUGUGGUGACCCCAGAAUUCAAGUUCCGAGAAUCGGAAACGGUUCGAAGUGGGGCGGAACUUGUGCCACCGGUUGAGACGCCAAUCGGGAACAUUGGUCUACAAAUAUGUUACGACGUACGAUUCUCCGAGGCCAGUACCUUACUGAGGAAGCAAGGCGCACAAAUACUGACCUAUCCGUCCGCUUUUGCCGUGUCAACUGGAAAAGCUCACUGGGAAGUUUUACUAAGGGCUAGAGCGAUCGAAAACCAAUGCUUUGUGAUAGCGGCCGCCCAGAUUGGCUUCCACAAUAAAAAGCGAGAAAGCUAUGGCCAUGCGAUGGUCGUCAAUCCUUGGGGUGUUAUUUUAGGCGAAGCUGCGCCCCAAGAUUUGGACGUGUUGACGAUUGAUCUGGACUUUGAAAAACUAUCGAAUGUGCGGCAGAAUAUGCCUUGCUUCGAGCAUCGUAGGGACGAUAUUUACAACUUGUCUUAUCAGAACGGUUCCGGAAGGUCUGGCCCGGCCGAGGAAAGCUACGAUUUUGGCGGCUUCAACAUUCCACCAGAAACGGUUUUCUAUUCAUCGCAAUUUAGCUUCGCAUUUGUCAACAUUCGUUGUGUUGUUCCUGGUCAUGUUCUAGUCUCAACCAAACGCAAAGCAGCUCGUCUUCCAGAUCUGACCCCUGCUGAGAUCAACGACUUCUUCCAGACGGUGUGCAAAGUUCAACGAGCUGCGGAACGUUUAUACUCGGCGACCUCUUCAACCGUUACGGUCCAGGAUGGACCUGAAGCUGGUCAAACGGUUAACCAGGUGCAUUGUCACGUUAUGCCUCGACAUCAAGGAGAUUUCCCCGAGAACGACCGCAUUUAUGGGGAGCUAAAUCGACACGACAAAGAACCGGAAAGGCCACGACGAACGCCGGAAGAGAUGGUGACCGAAGCGAAACUUUUCCGGGAAGAGUUUUUAAAACUAGGAUUAUAAAAAAGAAGUUAAUGUAGUUUUAAAUUCAAAAAGUGACUUGUAUAUAUUGGAAUAUUACCACAGACAAUUAUUAUUCUUCAAUUAUGAAUUUAAUUAAAUUAAAACGUCUGAUUUUUUAUUUAAAUUCUUUAGUUCUGUUUUAAAUUUUUCAAUAAUCUUUUAUCAGACUGAAAGCAAAAGUGAGAUCACUAAUCCUUCAAAAAUUGCUUGCGUAAAUUUAUAUGAUAAAAAUUUCUAUCGAAAAAGGUAAUUUAGUAGACUAGUUACACAGAAACAUGAAACUAAAAUAGAUGAAUAAAUGUUGAUGAAGCCGCAAGUUUCAAUUUUAA